AUGGCGUCCAAUCCAGCGGCGGAGAUUGCCUCCACUAUCCAAUCCGCCAGCAUCAAACGCCGCCCUGAUCCAACUUACGACAUCAACCCCUCCACCGCGGCGUCCAAGAAAACCCCCGGCGAGGUUGAACCCAUCUCACCACUGCAUUCCCGCUCAAAUUCCCUGGCGUCCGACGCCUCCACCGUCCCCAGCGACAUACUCCGGCCCAGACGACGCGCUCGUUCCUUCCCACCGAUCCCCGACUUCCGCUUCGAACAAUCGUACCUCGCGUCGAUCAAGAACGCGGACAGCAACUGGAAAGUCGCAUUCAUUACGAUUCGAGAUCAAGUGAUUCUACCGCUGACCCAGGGAGUACUGUGGAACCUGGUGAUGUUCGGGUGGAGGCAUUGGAACCGCGGGAGUAAAUUUCAAGGACGGAGCAUCGGGGCGAAGGUCCGCAAGUGGUGGUGGGGGGUGAAUAACUGGAAGCUCCCGACGGAGAAGAGGUCGAGCGAGAGUGACCGCCAGGAGGUGCAGCGGGUGGGAGAAUUCUUCGUCGAUCGGUUCGGGAGCAGUCUAGGGGAUUGA